CAACAGGCCAUGCAAUUGAAGGUGAAACAAAAGCUCCUCAGUAGAGGCUCGCUGGAUAUAAAAGCGCCCCAGAAAUGCCCCGGUUGAAUGUUCGGAUUCAUUCUCUUGAGCUCUUUUCCUUUCUCUCAACUUUCUAGUUUCUUUUCUUCGCAUUUUUCUGUGUUACUCCUACUCCACGAUGUCCAUCCAAAGACUCAAAGUUGGCAUGGCCGGCCUAGGCCGCGUCGGCAAAAUCCAUGCCAACAACUUCCUCCACCAGACUCCCCGCGCUGAGCUGGUUGCUGCAUUCACUCCUGACCCGGCAGAGAUCAGCUGGGGUCGGCAGAACCUUGAGCCGUACGGAGUAACAUUGUACGAUGAUUAUGAAAAGAUGUUGGACCACCCCGGGCUGCAAGCCGUAGCUAUCGGAACAGCUACGUCUGUGCAUGCCGAAGAGACGAUGAAGGCCAUCGAUCAUGAUCUGCACGUCUUGUGUGAGAAGCCACUGUCAACUGAUGUCGAAGUUUGCAAGGCUGUUGUGCAAAAAGCAAAGACCAAGCCCCAUCUCAAAGUUAUGUGCGGGUUCUCGCGACGAUUCGAUGAAUCUUAUCGUGAGGUUCACGAAAAGAUCAGCCAAGGAGCAAUCGGACGACCAUCGAUCGUGAGAAGUCAGACCUGUGACAAGUUCGACCCCUCCGGCUUCUACGUUGCCUACGCGGCAUGGUCGGGUGGAGUGUUCGUCGAUAUGUCCGUCCACGACAUCGACCUGACCUUGUGGUUUUUCGGCGACGAUGCCGUUCCGAAGAGCAUCUCGGCGCACGGAAUCACGGCGGUGCAGCCCGAAUUGAAGAAGUACAAAGACUAUGACAAUGCGGUGGGAAUUGUCGAGUUCCACAAUGGCAAGAUUGCCUACUACUAUUGCUCCCGCAUGAUGCCCCAUGGCCAGGAAGACACGACAGAAGUGAUUGGUACCGAGGGCAAGCUGUCUGUAAACAUCAACCCUCAACGCAACUUUGUGAACUUCUACCACCCUGGUGGCAUUACCCGCGAAAUCCCGGCCAACUUCAUCGGACGGUUUGGACCUGCCUUCGUGCGGGAAGCCAAUGAGUUCACGGCCUCAUGCUUGGACAACACGCCGCUUCCUAUCAAACUGACCAACGCGGUCAAAGCAGUAGAGAUUGGCUCCUACCUGCAAGAGGCCUUGGUGACUGGAAAGCAGAUUCAUUUCGAUGAGAUUGGCAGGAGGGUGGAGAAGGCUCAGCUCUAG